UAAAUCCAAGGGAAAAAGGGGAAAAAGAAAAGAAGAAAAACAGAGAAAAUUCUAGCCCAUUUUCUCUCAAACCAAACAAACAUUUCAUUCUGAUUUCCUGUCUAAAGAUUGUAAAUUUGCGGCCUGAAAAUGGGAGUGCAAGAAACUGACCCCCUUUCUCAAUUGAGCUUACCUCCGGGUUUUCGGUUCUACCCGACCGAUGAGGAGCUUCUGGUGCAGUAUUUGUGCAAGAAAGUUGCUGGUCACCAAUUUUCUUUGCAAAUUAUUGGUGAAAUCGACUUAUACAAGUUUGAUCCGUGGGUCUUACCAAGCAAAGCAUUGUUUGGGGAGAAAGAAUGGUACUUUUUCAGCCCUAGAGACCGAAAGUAUCCAAACGGGUCACGACCCAAUCGGGUUGCAGGAUCCGGAUAUUGGAAGGCCACUGGAACCGAUAAAAUUAUCACCACAGAAGGGCGUAAAGUUGGUAUCAAGAAAGCUUUAGUGUUCUACGUUGGCAAAGCUCCAAAAGGGACUAAAACGAAUUGGAUCAUGCACGAGUAUCGCCUCUUAGAAUCCUCUCGCAAAAUGGGGAGCUCAAGGCUUGAUGAUUGGGUUCUAUGUCGUAUCUAUAAGAAAAACUCGGGUGCUCAAAAGCCAAUUUCAAGUUUUUCGAGCAAAGAGUAUAGCAACAAUGGAUCAUCAUCUUCUUCCUCUUCCCAUCUGGAUGAUGUUUUGGAUUCGUUGCCAGAGAUCGACGACCGUUUCUUUGCUUUACCUGCCACCAACUCACUAAAAACAACGCAGCCUCUUGAAGAGAAACUCAACUUUAAUGGUUUGGGUUCUGGUAAUUUCGAUUGGGCCAGUCUUGCUGGGUUGAAUUCGGGGCCUGAACUCGUUCCAAGCGGGCAAACACAUACCCAAACUCAAGGGAUGGUGAAUUAUCCCAGUAACAGUAACGACAUGUAUGUUCCUUCGUUACCGCAACAAACUGGACUCUCGGGUUCAAAGUUGAGCAUCAACUCUAUUGAAGAGGAGGUUCAUAGCGGAGUGAGAACUCAGAGAGUUGAUAACGUGGGUGUGUUUCAACAAAAUUCGGGCUUGUCGACUCACAACUUCUCUAACCCGCUUGACCCGUAUGGGUUUAGAUACUCGGCUCAAUCGGGUAAUGGAUUUGGGUUUAGGCAAAACUAAAACAGAUAUUAGGAGUGCAAUUCUAAUUGUUCAGUAGAGACAGACAAGAGGGAGAGGGAGGGCAUUUCUGUAAAUAUAUGUCAUUCUUUGGGGAGAAGUUAUGGUUUCACAUUCCAAAAAAUAGUAGAAAGAGAAAAAAAAAGGGGAAAAGUUGGGAACUUUUAUUAAUAGGGCAAAUGAAAGUUGCCCUACUAUUCAUUUUUUUUCCUUCAAUUAUUAGGUUUUUUUUUUUUUUUUUUUUGGGUCUGGUCAGGGGAUUAGUUUCUGUAGUUACAACUGUAUAAUUUAAUCUGAAAAAAUUAAAUUAGUUAAGUUGUAAUUUUGACCAAGUUGGUACUAUAUAAAGAAAUCAGAGACUGAUUUAGAAAUUGAUUUCAAUAUAAGUGUGGUAGAUGAAUAAACCAAUUAUUUUUUGUUA